UCCUCUGGGCGUCCAUUGCAGAAGGCUGGAGACAGGAGCUGCAGCUGCAAGAUAAGGAGUGGGGAAUGUACUGUGCACCAGUGACCUGUCAUCCUGAUCCAGCUCUGCACUGGGGAGGGGGCCUGUGGGGCUGGUGCAUUAGUGGCCGCACAUCCAGGCUGUGUGCUCCUGCUGGACUGUCAGGCAGCUGCCACCCCGCAGGCUGCAGGCGAUCCCUGUGAAAUUGGAUUAGGCUCAUUACCAGCAGUGAUUCGCAUCAGACCUUUUCUUUCCAUGACUCUGGAUAUUAUCCAGCUAUUAGGAAGAGCAUUAUCCAGACCAUGACUGGUCCCCGAGGAGCAUCCUGGAUACCAGGGAUUCAUUGUAUCAGGCUACUAGUGAGGGUCUUCAUUAACCCAUUAGUGCAGCCUGUCUUCUGAGGCGGUGGUCUGCCACAUACUAGAAGGUCCAGCAUGCAGCUGGGGACCCCUUUAGGAUCUUCUCUCCAGAUAUUCCCCAGUAUCUGAAGCUUUUUGUACUCCAUCUGUUGACCCCCACCCCUUCUGAGUGGACCAGCCUCAGACAGACAAGGAAGGAGGGGUCCAGAUCCAAUCUGCACUUGUAGAGGGUGGAUCUAGGUGUGGUCUCCUUCCAUCCCUCUCCUCCAUACACUACCCAAGCAAGGGGAGAAGGGGACAUCACCAUCGCUUAGACUGGAAGUUCACACACUUUUUUUGUGGAAUUGCACAGGAUAGACUUCAUAUGCACUGGGUGUUUUUCUAGGCCAACUGAACACCGUGAAUGGACAGCUCCUGGAUCUACUGUGGACAUCCCCCUGGAUGGUAAAGCUCAUGUGAUGCCGCUUCUUCCGUUCUGUGAUCCGCAGGUUGCUGCAGGACCAGGACUUUGGAAGGUCCCGGGUGACAGGCGGUGAGGAACCCGCACCUUGCUCCAGGAUGUCCGGCUGCAGAAUCGUCAACAUGAACGGAUUCCUGGAGGAACCCAGAAUGGAGACAGGGGACAUUAACCGGACUAUGAGGCACCUCGAGACGGGGACGGUCCUGACUCUUUUUUACCAGAAGAAGUCCCAGCGCCCCGAGAGGAGAACAUUCCAGCUGAAGCUAGACACCCGGCAGGUGAUAUGGUUCAGGACCCCCGAGAAAGUGGAGGGUGAAAUUGAUAUCAGAGAAAUCAAAGAGAUUCGCCCUGGGAAGAAUUCACGAGAUUUCGAGAGGUACCCGGAAGAUGCCCGCAAGCUGGACGCCUCCCUCUGCUUCAUCAUCUUGUAUGGGGCGGACUUCAGACUAAAGACCAUCAGCGUGGCCGCGUUCAGUGAAGAGGAGGUGACCCUGUGGAUCAGCGGCCUGACCUGGGCACUGACUGACACCCUGAGCUCACCCAGCCCUCUACAGGCGGAGCGGUGGCUGAGGAUGCAGUUCGAAGCAAUGGAUCGGGCCAAGGACGGCAGGUACGAUUGUAUCUAAUUUUUGGGGAAAAUAUUACAUUCAUGUCUCUGGACUUUAUCAUUGAGUAAAGGUUUCCUUGUCCCCUGCUGAUCUAC